AUGAUGGAUUCCUCUCAUGAUAAGACACCCAAGGACGGAGAGUUGGCGGAUGUUACACCAGCGUUGGAAGAGGUACAGACGGACGAUGGAACAGGACAAGAACAACUCCGCCGUCACCGAUGGCCUUCGCUUUCCACUGUCAUUUACGUCCUCGUGUGGGUGGUCAUGACAGGCUGGUGGAUUGCAGGACUCAUCCUCCAUCGCCAUGAUCUCGGGUGGCUUAUUCCAUUCUUAGUCUGGCUUGGCCUCUCUAUCAGGAUCUUCACUCUGGUCUUUCCCUUGAACCUGGCACAAAAUGUGCUUCCGCUGCUCCCAACUCGGAAGAUCUCUUCUGCCAUUGACAGCAUUCAGCCUCGUUACCGAUUGGCUUUCCUCGCACUUCUAACUCUAGCAGUCGUCCUGGCGGGCACAUUCGGCACCCAAGAGACGCCAAGCAACACUCGCGCGGACCGUGCCGUCAGCUUAUUCGGUUUGGCUGUCUUCCUGACUAUGUUCUGGGUAACGUCGAGGAAUCGCAAAGAGAUCAGUUGGCGGGCUGUUCUCAUGGGAAUUUUAAGUCAGUUCCUGCUCGGGCUCUUUGUCCUUCGAACGAAAGCCGGAUACGACAUUUUCAACUUCCUCGGCUUCCUAGCCAAAAGCCUUCUGGCAUUCUCCGGCGAAGCGACCACCUUCCUCACAAGCGCCUCAGCCGUCUCCUCGGGCUGGUUCCUCAUCGUCGUCCUCCCACCCAUGAUCUUCUUCGUCUCCUUCAUCCAGCUGCUCCACCACUGGGGCUGGAUCCAAUGGCUCGUCGGCAAAUUCGCUGCCGUGUUCUACUGCCUCAUGGGGAUCUCGGGCGCCGAAGCCGUAGCGGCCGCUGCGUCUCCGUUCCUGGGUCAGGGAGAGGCCGCGGUCUUGAUAAAGACGUUUUUGCCGCUUCUUACGGCGGCGGAGAUGCAUCAGGUUAUGACGUCGGGGUUUGCGACUAUUGCGGGGAGCGUUCUCUCGGCGUACAUUGGUCUCGGGAUUGAUCCCUUGGCGCUCGUGUCUUCGUGCGUCAUGAGCAUUCCGGCUGCUGUUACGAUUUCGAAGCUCCGCUACCCUGAGACAGAAGAGCCCCUCACAAAGGGUGUUAGUCGUAUUAGAGUGCCGGAGGAUGAGGAAGGCAAGGCGUUCAACUCGCUCCACGCCGUCGCUAAGGGAUCUUGGACAGGUAUCAAAAUUGCUGGCAUGGUUGUUGCUAGCGUCCUCUGCAUUCUUGCCCUUCUCGCCUUGACGAACGGCCUCCUCUCUUGGUGGGGCAGUUACCUGAAUAUCGACGACCUUAGUGUCCAGCUCAUCGUCGGGUAUAUAUUCUAUCCUAUCGCCUUUUUGCUGGGAGUUGAGAGGAACGGCGAUCUUCUCAAAGUUGCCCAGUUAAUUGGGAUCAAAGUGGUCACCAAUGAGUUUGUAGCAUACGCCGAACUGACACAAAAUGCCACCUACGCACCACUAUCGCCGCGCUCGCGCCUCAUCGCGAUGUAUGCCCUCUGCGGCUUCGGCAACAUCAGCGCCGUCGGGGUGCAGAUGGGGGCUUUGUCACAGCUGGCUCCCGGACGUACAGGGACUGUCACGCAAGUUGCUGCAUCGGCGUUGAUCUCGGGUGUGUUUGCCACUUUAACGUCGGCCAGCAUUGCCGGCAUGUUGAUGGUUGACAGGGAGUAG